AUGUCUUCACCACUACCCUACAAUCGCCAGAACGCGCUUGCCUCAACCAUCGCAGCAGACAACGCAUCAAACAUAGCUGGCAAGAUCGUCUUGACGACUGGCGUAACGCAAGGCGGCCUAGGAGCAACGUUUGUCGAAGAGAUCGCAAAGCACAAACCCGCUCUUCUGAUCCUCGCUGGUCGCUCGCCAUCCAAGGUCCAAGCCACAGUCGACAAGAUCAAAUCCAACCCAGCGAGCGCAAACGUCGAAGUGCGUAUCUUAACCCUCGAUCUGGCAUCGCAAGAGCAAGUCCGCGAAGCCGCGAAUGAAGUUCUCGCAUAUCCAGAAUCCCACAUCGAUGUCCUCGUCAACUCAGCAGGCAUAAUGAAGGGCCCCUACCGUACAACAGUCGACGGUAUCGAGAACCAAUUCGGAUGCAACCACAUCGGUCAUUUCCUCUUCACCAAUCUCAUCAUGCCUAAGCUCCUUGCUGCCAAGGCACCCCGGAUCGUUAACAUAUCCAGUGAUGGUCAUCGCUUCAGUGGUGUGCGAUUCGACGAUCCGAAUUUCCAAGAUGGCAAAGUGUAUGAUCAGUGGGAGGCAUAUGGCCAGAGCAAGACGGCAAACAUCUUGUUCUCCUAUGCGCUGGCAAAGAAGCUGGAUUCGAAGGGUCUGAAAGCGUAUAGUCUGCAUCCGGGAGUGACGUUGGGAACGUCUCUUGCUGAAAAGUUCGACGAUGAAGACAUGAAGAUGGCCAAGGACAAAGAGAUCUGCUGGGCUCGUGAGUUUGACCUGAAGUCGCUCGAUGAGUGUGCGGCUACCCAUGUUGUUGCCGCCUUCGAUACAAGAUUGGACAACGACAACGGCGCGUAUCUCGACAACGCCAACGUGGCGCCGCAAGAGGUGCAGCCAACUGCGACGAACCCGGAAGACCCAGAGAGGCUGUGGAAACUGAGCGAGAAGCUUGUAGGAGAGGAAUUCGUGUAUUGA